AUCAUGUACAUAGGUUCAAGUACGUGGUUCUAUAGGUCUGCUAAUAAUACCUAGCAACGAAAACACUUUAGCUUCAUGUUUCGUAGAAGAAUCGUCUAUUUUGUGUUUACUUAUCUUUAUUUUCUUUAUCCGUUCUUAGGAAAAUGAUUAGGGGUGUAUUGUUCUUUGUAAUUUUUUACUUUAGUCCUGUUUCGGUUUUUGGAUAUCGGUGUGACCGACGACCGUACGGUGCUACUACACAGUCAACGGCUUCUGACGGUAGAUUUCGAUUGACUGUUGUAGGAGCCGAAGGUGUUUAUAUUCCAGAACAAUUAUAUGUGGUGAAAAUAAGAACGAACGACAACGAAGCCCGUUUCAUCUAUUUCAUUAUAUCAGCCGAAGGAGAUAUGAAGCCAGAUCCAAGAAAUCCACGGCGUUUAAUUUCACACUUAGCAGGAGAAGUUCGUCCUCAAGACUUCGGAACUGCCAAGUUCUCCGAUCGAUGCCCUAACUCUGUCGAACAAGUUAUAUCUAACUUAAAGAGUUCGGUGGAGGUGUAUUGGCAAGCGCCUCCUUCAGGAAACGGUUGUGUUACUCUUCGUGCAAUGGUGGCUGAGAACGACGAUCUUUGGUUUGAGGAUGGUCCGCCACUGACUCAAAAACUGUGCGAAGAUUCCAGACAGCCCGAUGAUGUCUCGCCACAGCUGAAUUAUGAAUGUAGCAUAUGCGAUGAUGCUAAGUACGAGAUAUCAUUCAGAGGCAUUUGGUCCCGCAAUACACAUCCGUUGCAUUUCCCUGAGAACCCAAAAUUACCUCGUUAUAGCAGCUUUGUUGGGGCGUCACACGCUGCUGAUUACAUUUUAUGGGCACCUGGAACUCUUGCCUCUGAUGGUUUAAAGGAGCUGGCAGAGAACGCCGAUUCCAGUAAAUUAGAAGCUGAAAUUAUCGAAAAAAUUGGCGAUGGAAUUCGAACCCUGAUAAAAGGCAAAGGACACGGCUAUCGCAAGAUGAACCGCACAAGCUAUUCAUAUUUCCGCGCCGAUAAAGCCAAUCAUCUCUUGUCGACUGUAGUCGCCAUCUACCCGUCUCCUGAUUGGUUUCUUGGUGUCGCAAGGUUCGAGCUUUGCUUAGAAGAUAAUACUUGGCUAAAAGAACGAGAGCUUAAUUUAUAUCCGUGGGACGCUGGAACUGACAGCGGAGUAUCUUACGAGUCGCCAAAUAUUCCUACAGUGCCACAAGAUGCAGUAAAACGCGUCCAAAUGAGUUCGUACGACAGGAACUCUCCAUUUUAUGAAACCGAUAUGAAAGACAUGCUACCUUUUGGCAAGAUGCAGAUUAAACUUGUGAAAACUUACCAUAGGAAUUGCGAAGAAGCUGCAGAAGGAGAAACCCCAGGCCCAGAUAAGGAUGGUGACGGAGAAGACAGACAGGAACCGGAAGAACCUUCCAGGUAUCAAAAUAGCGGCAACGACGGGGGUGAAAACCCAAUUCAGCCAGAUCCCGAAUCCCAAGACAAUUGUCCGGUGUCUCAGUGGCAACCUUGGGACUGUGAGGGCAAAUGUGUAGACGGGAAACGUGAAGGCUACAGACGAGUGGAUCGCUUUCACAUUGUCAAUGGAGUAGUAGUGGACGAUACGAAACCGUCGUACAAAAAGUUGGUGCCGAAGGAAUGCCUAAAUAAAUACAAGAUGAGUAGUACUGAAGAAUGUACCGAAGAUUGUUCUUCCGACGAAGAACGAAAUACUGCAGUGGAACGAAGAAUAGGGAACCCAAUCGCGCCUGGACAUCCUUGGGUUUCCAAGAAACGAGAUUUGCCGAAAGAAAUAGUUUCAUUGGAGUAGGGAAGUUUACCGACGCUAUUGUAUGUAACCAAGUAUAAUUCACGGAAAGUUCCGUCAGAUAAUAAAUAUGAAUAUCCCUUUAUGUUAUUAUUUUUAACCUCGCCAAUGAAGCUCUUUUUCUAAUAAGUAAUUUUCUACCUUUUUUUAUGAUACCCAGCGACGGGACGAACAUAUUUGCGCCAAGUGGUAACCGACACGCCUAUCUACAGUUGCAUUGCCAUUCAGAGCUUUAAAUCGCAAAGAUCCGAGGACACUGCCACUGCGUCCGUCACCCAGAGACAUACGUUGACUACUCCCAUGUUACAGACACGUGGGAGUGGUUCGAAUCAGUGUGGCAGCAUGCACAUAUGACUUUGAGUUACGUACAUUUGUAAGUGUUGACGGAACGCGCCCUCACAUGACACACCGCAGAUGACAGAUCAGCAACCACCCGUAUUGUCCAGUCUUAAACUAGGAAAUUCAUUGUACUGUGAGGUACGGAGUACCAGAGGUACAGAAUUCACUAAUAGAACACCCAGACCUGAAAUAAUUCACAAAAGUUCAUGUCGUUUAACCUUUUUUUUUAUAACAUCAAGUGACGGGACGAAUAAGUCGUGCGCCUGAUGGUACACUUACACGCCUGUCUAUAACAGUUACAGU